UGAACUGUACUGUACUACUGCGGUCGCAUACACAACGUAGACAUCAUCGAAAUGCCCUCAUUCCGUCUCAGCCCCCGCGUCCUACAUCGUGCCCUUCAAAGCCGCACAUAUGCAACCGCCCAAGCACCGGCAAUCAACGUCACCAACGUCCCAGCACCACACUGUGGAAGCAUACGUAUACUUUCUCUGAAUCGACCUGCGGCACGUAAUGCGAUAUCGCGGCAAUUGCUCGCGGAUUUGAGCCAUCAAGUAAACAGCAUACACAAUGAGGGUGACAACGGGCCAACCAGGGCGUUGAUAUUGGCGAGCGAUAUCGACACGAGUUUCUGUGCGGGCGCAGAUCUAAAGGAGAGGGCUACAUUUACGCAGGAAGAAACAUCCAACUUUCUAACUACGUUACGGGGAACAUUUGCAUCGAUCUCACAACUACCGAUUCCUACAAUCUCUGCAUUGGCAGCACCAGCAUUCGGUGGCGGCCUCGAACUAGCCCUUACAACACACAUGCGCGUCUUUGCCUCUAGCACCACCGUCGCUCUCCCAGAAACUCGUCUCGCUAUUCUUCCUGGCGCAGGAGGGACAUACCGUCUCCCUGCUUUGAUCGGUCUUUCACGUGCACGGGACAUGAUAUUGACAGGCCGCCGUGUAGCAGCGCCGGAAGCCUAUUUCCUGGGGCUGUGUGACCGGUUAGUGGAGAUAACUGCCGAAGACGUACAGCAAGAAGGUGCUGCGCGAAAGAAGGUCUUGAACGAAGCUGUAAGACUAGCAAGGGAGAUAUGCGAAGGUGGGCCGAUAGCGAUCAAGGCUGCGCUUCAAGCGGUGGAGGGCUGUGCGCUGGGCGAGAAGGCCGAGAAUGCUGCAUAUGAGCUUGUAGUCAGGACAAAGGAUCGCGACGAGGCGCUUCUCGCAUUUAGGGAGAAGAGGAAGCCUGUUUUCAAGGGCGAGUAAACAAAUAUUGGCUGUGUCGCGAUCAAGUAUCGACACUUGCGCACCUAGCCUGAGCCGACAUGCUUCAUUUCUGCAUUAUCAAGUCCUAGGCUACACGCUACGUUCUACAUCUUACUCUUGAUCUCCUCCAAUAGCUUGCUUAGCUCGCCCUUGUCCGCCUCCUUGGUUGGCCAGCCAAUGCCCAGCCCUUCUUGCUCAUUUGGCUUGGGAAUGAGGUGGAAAUGCACAUGAUCCACAACUUGAUGCGCAAUCCUUCCAUUGUUUUGCAGAAUGUUAUAGUCUUGGAUGUUUUGAGCGAUGGCAAUGCGCUUCGUGACGGACAGGACUUCGGCCAGUUGGUCGUCGGGUAUGUCGUGAAGCUUUGCGCCAUGAUGUUUGGGGAUGAUUAG